UCUCUAUAUAAACGCCGGAAUCGAGCGCCUUCUUCCGCCGUGGUGCUGGGGCAUUUUCUGGCUUUCCUUGAAGCGAAGUCCUCCUCCGUCUCUUCAUUUUGGGAUUCGAAGCUCGGCGAGAGCGGCCUAGCUUGUUGUUAACCAUCAAUGGCGACCAAGAUUUAUAUCGUGUACUACUCCAUGUAUGGGCAUGUUGAGAAGUUGGCUGAGGAGAUUAAAAAUGGUGCUGCCUCUGUUGAGGGAGUAGAAGCUAAGCUGUGGCAGGUACCUGAAACACUUCCCGAAGAGGUGCUCGCAAAAAUGAGCGCUCCUCCAAAGAGUAAUGUACCAAUCAUCACACCAAAUGAACUUGCAGAAGCCGAUGGUGUGCUCUUAGGUUUUCCAACCAGAUUUGGCAUGAUGGCCGCACAGUUCAAAGCUUUUCUUGAUGCCACUGGUGGGCUCUGGAGAGCACAGCAACUUGCAGGUAAGCCUGCAGGUAUUUUCUACAGCACUGGAUCCCAAGGUGGUGGACAAGAGACCACUCCAUUAACAGCAAUCACUCAGCUGGCUCAUGGAAUGAUCUUUGUUCCCAUCGGCUACACCUUCGGCGCUGGUAUGUUCGAGAUGGAGAAGGUGAAGGGAGGAAGUCCUUACGGUGCCGGCACUUUUGCUGGCGAUGGAUCAAGAGCUCCAACCGAACUAGAACAAGAGAUUGCUUUCCACCAAGGCAAAUAUUUUGCAUUGAUUGCAAAGAAGCUUAAAGGAUCCGGUUAACCUGUGGGCCAAACCUUCCUCAGUAAACUUUUAUUUAUUUAGCUUCCACAUGCCUUCCCGUAUAAAUUAUCUUUUUCCAUUCUAUGUUGGGUAAUGUAAUAAUUAUGGAUUAUAUAUAAGCAAGCGAUGAGCUUGAUGCAGCGUAUUUCAUUUGUGUACAGCAGAUGGCUGAGGUAUUUUCUUAUUAGGUGUACUGUUUGCUUGCUAUGAGUGUGUAUCAUUGAUGCCUUUUCCUCCGGCAUAGAUUGCCUCUUUGUUCUACUCUUGAUACUGUUUCUUGAUUUGGUAGUGGAUUCUGAAAAUGCU